AUGGGGCAGGUUCGCAUUAGCCGGAGAGCAGCAGGCGAUGAUUUUAUCAUGGCAACACAAAUUUUUGGGGGAAGGAGGAGGAAGAGGGCGGUGAAGGGGAUGAGCAGGAGAAGCGACAAGCCAUUUCUGGGCGUCGUCCCAUUUGGAAGGGAAGCUCCUCCGUGGGGGUUCAACGCCGGCGGAGGAUUUCCUUCCGGCCGAGAAAGGAAACGACUUUACAAAAUCGGAGGUCUCUUUGAGAUUGAGACUGCACAGUGGGUCUGGUUCUUCAAAUGGAAACAAGGGUUUCACAAUGUGCUUGCUUCCUGCUUGCUUAUUAUUCCCCUCCUCCAUUUCUUAUUCUUUCCACUAACAGCAGCUGGAGCUGGGACUGAAGAGCGUAGAAAUAGAGGAAUGCAGAAAGAUAGGCGGAACAGGGCUCAAGCAAAUGUAGUGGGAGAGAUGGAGAAGGAGAAGAAUGAAGAGUGGUUCCAAGAGCGGGAGACUGUAGGUCUUCUGCUGGUCUGGUCCGGUCCGGUCUUUAACAGUGAGUGGCAUGAAUCUUGGUGA